CCCAGGUGCACGCGGACCCGGAGGGGCAGUACCAGAACCACCUGGACCCCGAGGGGCCGUACCCGCCCUGCGCCGAGCCCGACCUGCCCUAUCCCGACCACGACGGUCAAUACCCGCCCCAUACGGACCGGGACCUGCCCUACCAGGGCCACCUAGAUCACGACGGGCAGUACGGGGGACGUAUGGACCACGACGAGCAGUACCCGGAGCAUCUGGACCGCGACGGACAAUACUCGGAGCAUCUGGACCGUGACGGGCAAUAUGGGGGGCGUACGGACCGGGACCGGCCCUACCCCACGCAUUUGGACCGCGAGGGGCCAUACGAGGCGUUGACAGACCGGGAGGGACCCUACAGCAGCCGCCCUGAGCACGAGCGGCCCUACCAGAGCCGUAAGGAGCGGGACCGACCCUACCAGGGCCGUACGGAGCGGGAUGGGCAAUACCAGCCCCAUAUGGACCGGGAGGCGCAGUACCAGACCCAUAUGGACCGGGAUGGGCAAUACCAGCCACGUACGGACCGGGAUGCGCCAUACCAGCCCCAUAUGGAGCGGGAGGUGCAGUAUCAACCUCGUGUGGACCGGGACGGGCAAUACCAGCCCCAUAUGGACCGGGACGGGCAAUACCAGCCCCAUAUGGACCGGGAGGCGCAGUACCAAACCCGUAUGGACCGGGAGGCGCAGUACCAUGGCUGCUUGGAGCGGGACCUCCAGUACCAGCCCCAUAUGGAGCGGGACGGGCACUACCAACCCCGUACGGACCGGGAGCUACCGUACGCCGGCCGUACGGACCGGGACAUCCCCUACGCGUCCCAUAUGGACCGGGACGGGCACUACCAGCCCCGUACGGAGCGGGACGUCCCCUACGCCCCCCAUAUGGACCGGGAGCUGCCCUACCGCGGCCGCGAGGGGCCCUACCAGCCCCGUACGGACCGGGAGGGGCCCUUCGCCCCCCCCUGCCCCCGGGAGCGCUGCGGCGGGGCCCCCCCCCGCGACUGGGAGCGGGACUGGGGGGGGGCCCUGAGCCGCAGCUCCAGUCCCGGGGGGGGCGGCCACAGCACCAGCGCCAGCACCAGCCCCGCCACCACGCUGCAGCGCAAGUCGGACCGGGACAGCUCGAGGACGGUGAGCGUGGACGGCGAGGCGCCGGGCAGCGAGGGCGGGGGGCCGCUUCCCGACAGCCCCGGGCGGCCCCCCCCGUACCGCGGCCUGCCCCAACCGGCCCCCCAAGGACCUGGGGGGGUCGGGGGGGGGCCCGGGGGGGGCUCCCCGGGUUUGGCCUGGUCCCGGCUGCCCCCCCAGCCCGCCAGCGUGGCCCUGCGCAAGCAGGAGGAGGAGGAGGAGAGCAAGAGGCCGAAGGCUCUGAGCGACAGCUACGAGCUCUCCACCGACCUGCAGGACAAGAAGGUGGAGAUGCUGGAGCGCAAGUACGGGGGCUACUUCCGCACGCGCCGCGCCGCCCGCACCAUCCAGGCCGCCUUCCGCCGCUACCGCAUGGCCCAGAAGUUCGAGCGGCUGCGCAGCGAGGGGGGGCGCGCGCGCCGCCUGGCCCUCCCCGGCCUCCGCCUCCAGUUCUCCUUCGAGGAGUACGACCGCGGCCCCCCCGCCCCCGGCCCCCCCGGGCCCCCCCCGCCCCCCCCGCCCUAUUUCCAAGGCAAACCCGCCUCGCUGGACGAGGGGGUGCUGGGGGGGCCGCGCCGGGCGCCCCGCUACGGGGGGUCUUGUAGGGCCGGCUUGGAUGGGGGGGGAGGCCCCCCUGAAGCAGGGGGGGGCGGGGGGGGUGGAGGAAGCCCCCCGCCCCGGCAGCUCUCGGCCUCCGCUGAUUUUGGCCCCGGGGGGGCGGACCUGGAGGAGGCGUUCGCGCAGCAGGUGAAGUCCUUGGCCGCCUCCAUCGACGAGGCUCUGGGGGGGGGCCGGGGGGGCCCCCCGGGGGCGCCAGCCCCCCCUGCGGCCGACAGCGCCGCCACUUCUGCCAGCGACGUCACCCUCUACCUGGACGAGGGGCUCCCUGGCUCCCCCCGCUCCCCUGAGCGCCCCCCCAGCCCCGAGCCCCCCCCAGAAAGCGGGGGGGGCCCCCCACUGCCCCCCGCCCCACCUCCGCCUCCCCCCUCCUCUAACCCCCCCGGGCCAUCUGAGCGCUGGGUGGGGGGGGGCCCUGAGGAACCCCCUCGCCGUGGCCCCCCCUGUUUAGAGUGCCGGGGCCGGGGUGGUGGUGGUGGGGGGCACGGGGGGGGGCACCCCCCUUUGCUGACCGUGGAGCCCCCCAGCGACAGCUCGGCCGACCUCAGCGACCGCUCCGACCGCGGCUCCAUCAACCGGGGGGGUCCCUACGAGCCUGAAGGCUCCGGGGGGGGCACCUUGCCCCGUGCCGGACCCCCCCACCGCUGCUUCCACCCCGAAGCCCCCACCGCUGCGCCCCCUGCCGCUCCCCCCCCGCCACCUCCCCCACCCCCCCCUGCCGCCGAGGAGGGUUCAGAGGGGGACAACGAGAGCUUGGGGAGCAGCUCCAACUCCAAUGAGACCCUCAACUGCUCCUCGGGUUCCUCAUCCCAUGACAGCUUGCGGCGGCCACCCCCGCCACCCCCCCCACCCCCCGCAGCCCCCCCACAACCCCCCGGUCCCACCGGCCCCCCCGGCAAAGCCACAUACCAGCGGGAGCCGCGGCAGAGCUGGGACUCGCCGGCACUCAACAACGACGUGGUGCAGCGGCGGCAGUACCGCAUCGGCCUCAACCUCUUCAACAAGAAGCCGGAGAAGGGGAUCCAGUACCUGAUCGAGAGGGGCUUCCUCUCAGACACCCCGGUGGGGGUGGCCCACUUCAUCCUGGAGAGGAAGGGGCUGAGCCGGCAGAUGAUCGGCGAGUUCCUCGGCAACCGCCAGAAGCAGUUCAACCGUGACGUCCUCGACUGUGUGGUGGACGAGAUGGACUUCUCCGGGAUGGAGCUGGACGAGGCGCUGCGCAAGUUCCAGUCCCACAUCCGGGUGCAGGGGGAGGCCCAGAAGGUCGAGCGCUUGAUCGAGGCCUUCAGCCAGCGCUACUGCGUGUGUAACGCGCCCCUGCUGCGCCAGUUCCGCAACCCGGACACCAUCUUCAUCCUGGCCUUCGCCAUCAUCCUCCUCAACACUGACAUGUACAGCCCCAGCGUCAAGGCCGAGCGCAAGAUGAAGCUGGAGGACUUCAUCAAGAACCUCCGAGGGGUGGACAACGGGGAGGACAUCCCCCGGGACAUGCUGGUGGGCAUCUACCAGCGCAUCCAGAGCCGGGAGCUGCGUACCAACGACGACCACGUCUCCCAGGUCCAGGCCGUUGAGCGCAUGAUCGUCGGCAAGAAGCCGGUGCUGUCCCUGCCCCACCGGCGCCUGGUGUGCUGCUGCCAGCUCUACGAGGUCCCCGACCCCAACCGGCCUCAGCGCCUGGGGCUGCACCAGCGUGAGGUCUUCCUCUUCAACGACCUGCUGGUGGUGACGAAGAUCUUCCAGAAGAAGAAGAUCCUGGUGACCUACAGCUUCCGCCAGAGCUUCCCCCUCGUUGAGAUGCACAUGCAGCUCUUCCAGAAUGCCUAUUACCAGUUUGGGAUCAAGCUGCUGUCGGCGGCGCCGGGCGGGGAGCGGAAGGUGCUGAUCGUCUUCAACGCGCCGAGCCCCCAGGACCGGCUGCGCUUCGCCAGCGACCUGCGCGAGUCCGUGGCGGAGGUGCAGGAGAUGGAGAAGUACCGCGUGGAGGCCGAGCUGGAGAAGCAGAAGGGGGUGUCGGGGGCGCGGGGCGGGGGACCCCCCCGCGAGGCGCUCAACGGGCUGAGCCGCAGCAGCCUGGAGGAAGCCUUCGGGCCGGGCGAGGGGCUCAAGCGCAGCGCCCUGAGCAGCUCCCUGCGGGACCUCUCCGACGGGGGCAAGCGGGGCCGGCGCAACAGCGUGGGGUCCCUGGACAGCACCAUCGAGGGCUCCAUCAUCAGCAGCCCGAGGCCGCAGGCCCGGGGCCCCCCGGGGGGGCCGGUUGGGGGGGGGGGGGGGCCCGGCCCCGGAGGGCUACAAGGCGCCCCCCCGGCCCGUCUCCAACUCCUCGUCCUUCCUGGGCUCCCUCUUCGGCAGCCGCCGGGGAAAAGGCCCCCCCGGCCCCCCCCCCCCCCUCAAGGCCCCGGCGGGGUGGGGGGCCCCGCUUCGGCCUCGGCCUCCUCAUCCUCGGCCUCGUCCUCCCACCACCACCACCACCACCACCACUGCCCGGUGUUCGAGCCGAGCUGGGCGGAGUUCAGCGACCCCCUGGGUUACAUCGCCAAGAUCCGGCCCAUCGCCGAGAAGAGCGGCAUCUGCAAGAUCCGGCCCCCCGCC